CCUAUUCUACGCUUUUCCUAAUCUCUGCUCGCAAGAUUCAGAUCGCAAAUGGAUGGUGAUGGAGGAGUUGUUGAUGAGAGACGUGAAGAGCUACGUGAGAGACGUAAAGAGCAUGGUAGAUUGACCGCCCGUUUCUUCGUCGCUGUCUCGCUCAAUCUUUCCGCCGGAGUCUGCAAACGAGUGACUGGUCUCGACGGUUCGGGAACAGAGAACGGAGACCACGUGGCGUUCUACUGGGCUAAGAAGUUUAACAGGAUGGCGGAGAUUUCUUGUAUGAUUGUGAUCACACAGAUCGUUUUCGCGACGGUGGUGAUGGCACGACGGAUGCGAAGUCUUAGACGAGACUGCGAUGUUCAGCUCGUUGUGGGUUUCAUCUGCUUGUCGGUCUCGCUCUGUUUCUCCGCUUACCUUCGCUGGUUCGCUGCUUUCCAUCGUUUUCUCUUUGGAAGUUGGAACUGUGCUUUUUUUUCUUUUUCUUUGGGUUUUGUGUUUUUGAACAUCACUGUUUCUUGAUUCGAUCGAUGUUUGCAUGACUUGAUUCCAUGUUAGUAUGAUCAUGAAUUGCUUAAAAAUAAAGUAGAUGAAUUGACAUCGGAGUUA